AGAAAUGUGCCAACGAUCCGUCGAAUACAACAGCAACCGAUGUGACGCCUACGCAGCUACGGUAGCAGAGCCCGAAAUACGACGGAGCCAUAGCGCUAAGGAACAUCACAAAGCCAGACUACUUACUCGAACUCUACAACGUAAUCGUCCGGCUACAGUACACGCUAAAGUAACGCACGAAGUACCAAUGGUGAAUAUAACGACUUUAUCUAGUCCAACGAGCAGCAGUUAUUCAGAACGGCGAAGCCCACAGGAUUCUAGCAAUGAGAAGAAGAAAGCGUUCCUUGGCGGCGACAUCUCACAUUUCCACCGCAGUCUCUCGCCAAAUAGAAGAGGUUCGGCAAUUCCGAUGCUUGGUCGAACAUGGAAAAGCGACGAUUGUGGAAGAGAAGAAAACGAUCCGAAUUCUCUAGCUGUACCUCUGAAUGGAAUGGCUCGACAGCUAUCCAUCUCCGAUGUUUCUCCAGGUGAAACAAGCCCAAGAAAAGGACAACAGCUUUGUCUUAACCUCAAACAGAAGAAAGUGUUACGGACAACCUUUGCGCAGAUGAAUUCCGGUGGAGCAUUUCUUAAGUUGAUGGAACAAGUAUUUCGGAGAUUAGAAUCAAAAUACCCAGAUAUCAGGUCAAUAUUCUUGACAACAGCGUUCGUGAACUCUUUGUCAAGAGAACGAUCUUCACCACCUUUGGUUCGUACGGAACAUGAUCACUGCAAGUGCCUAGUAGCCUUAUUCGAAAAAAUCAUGGAAAACCUCGACGAUGCGAAUAAUCAGCUCGCUCUUAUACGGUCCUAUGGAGAGAAGCAUGCACAGAUGAAGCAAAGUGGCAUGUCGGCCAGCAUGAUCGAGCAUUUUGGAGAGAUUGCCGUGGCCGUGAUUGCAUCUCAGGACUACAUCAAAUACAAUCACGAUGCUGUGAAGGCUUGGCGACUUCUACUAGCCUAUGUAACCGACGAAAUGAUGGUUGGAUUCGAUCGUCUCAGCCGAAUUUCCGACAGAAGAAAUAGCGCUACUCAAUGUCCAAGAAAGAUUCAAGCUUAAUCGCACCAUAAAAGUAAUGACAAAUGGCAACAUGCUGUCGCAAGCCAAUGUAAACAAGCAAAAUAUCCUCAUUCAUACGCAUAUCGCCUAGCAAGGGAAGGUUACCGAGUUUGUUACACUGUGGUCUAACUGGCCACGCGGAUCUGCGGUAAUGCGGUCGCGAUGUUGCGGCCGAUGCACGUCUCACGAUUUGCGCAUGGCUACUUGUUAACUCUCAACUGCAC